AUGGAUUCAGACGCACUGCAGGUCUUCCAGAGUGAACUCACCUGCUCCAUCUGCAUGAACUGCUUCCUGGACCCCGUCACCAUAGACUGUGGGCACAGCUUCUGCCGUCCCUGUCUGAGCCUUUGCUGGGAAGAAGGCCAGACUCCAAGGAGCUGCCCUGAGUGCAGGGGAAUAUCAGAGAGGCCUGAUUUCAAAACAAAUAUUGCCCUCAGGAGACUGGCUUCCCUUGCCAGACAGGUCAGAGCUGACCACGACCACCGCUCUGAGGAGCAGAUCUGUGAGACACACCAGGAAGCCAGAGGCCUCUUCUGUGAGGCUGACCAGACCCUGCUCUGCGGGCCCUGCUCUGAACGCCCCGAGCAUGCAGCUCACAGCCACAGUCCCAUACACAGGGCUGCUGAGGAGUCCCGGGAGAAACUUCUGAAUAGAAUGGAUUAUUUAUGGGAAAUGAGAGAACAAGUGCAACUCAUUCUGAAUCAGGAAGCUAAAAAAGCUCGGUCAUUUAAGAAGUUUGUGGCCAUAAGAAAAGAGAUAAUCAAACUUGAGUAUCAGAGGAUGCAUCCAUUGCUCCAGGGGGAGGAGCAACUGCACCUGGAAGCCCUGGAGCAAGAAGCAAAUGAGAUUUGUCACCAACUCCAGGAGAGUGUGUGCAGAAUGACUCAAAAGAGAGAAAGUCUGAAUGAAACGUACAGAGAGCUGACUGAGAUGUGCCACAAGCCGGACAUGGAGCUACUCCAGCCUUUGGCCUUGAUAUGUAUUGAUGUCAUUUGUUACAGGACUGACUUGGCACAGAUGCAGAAACCUCAGUCAGUGAACCCAGAGCUCACUUGCUGGCCUGUCACUGGAAUCCUAGACAUGCUAAACAACUUCAGAGUGGAUAAUGUUCUGAGUCAGAAAAUGACCUUUCAUAAUGUGAGCCUUUCUGAGGAUAAUACAAGUCUGAUGUUUGGAGAUGAUGACCAUGGUGUGUCCAGACAGCCCCGUGGUAGGGAGAGUUUCGUGGCCUGGGGAGCUCGGGCCUUCACCUCCGGGAGGCAUUACUGGGAGGCAGAUGUGACGCACUCCUCCAACUGGAUUCUGGGUGUCUGUAAAAACAUCUUGACAAGUGAUACUGAUAACAGUAUCUGUAUCAAUUCUGAAGAAGCAUUUCUUCUCUUUUCUAUGAAUGUGAAUGAUCAUUAUAGUCUCUUCACCAAUGCUCGACCCUUAGUUCAGUAUGUGAAAAGGCCUCUGGGUAGGAUUGGAGUGUUUCUGGAUUAUGACAAUGGAACUGUGAGCUUCUAUGAUGUUUUCAGGAGUUCCAUCAUAUAUAGUUUCCUUCAUUUCCCCUUCUCCUCCCCUCUGAAGCCUUUCCUUUGCCUUAGGUCUCCAUGA